CCAGCCGGCUGCAUGGCGCGCUGCGAGCGGCUGCGCGGCGCGGCCCUGCGCGACGUGCUGGGCCAGGCGCAGGGCGUCCUGUUCGACUGCGACGGGGUGCUGUGGAACGGCGAGCGCACCGUGCCGGGCCCCGAGUUGCUGCAGCGGCUGGCGCGGGCGGGCAAGGCCACGCUGUUCGUGAGCAACAACAGCCGGCGCGCGCGGCCCGAGCUGGCGCUGCGAUUCGCCCGCCUGGGCUUCGCGGGGCUGCGCGCCGAGCAGCUCUUCAGCUCUGCGUUGUGUGCCGCGCGCCUGCUCCGCCAGCGUCUGCCCGGGCCGCCCGACGCCCCGGGCGCGGUGUUCGUGCUGGGCGGCGAGGGGCUGCGCGCCGAGCUGCGCGCCGCGGGGCUGCGCCUGGCGGGGGACCCCGGCGAGGACUCGCGCGUGCGCGCCGUGCUCGUGGGCUACGACGAGCACUUCUCCUUCGCCCGGCUGAGCGAGGCGUGCGCGCACCUGCGCGACCCCGACUGCCUGCUCGUAGCCACCGAUCGCGACCCCUGGCACCCGCUCAGCGACGGAAGCCGGACCCCCGGCACUGGAAGCCUGGCUGCCGCAGUGGAGACAGCCUCAGGACGCCAGGCCCUGGUGGUGGGCAAACCCAGCCCCUACAUGUUCCAGUGCAUCACCGAAGACUUCAGCGUGGACCCCACCCGCACCCUGAUGGUGGGUGACCGUCUGGAGACCGACAUCCUCUUCGGCCACCGCUGUGGCAUGACCACCGUACUCACACUCACAGGGGUCUCCCGCCUCGAAGAAGCCCAGGCUUACCUGGCGGCUGGUCAGCACGACCUCGUGCCUCACUACUAUGUGGAGAGCAUUGCGGACUUGAUGGAGGGGCUGGAGGACUGAGCCCACCUCCCCCGUUCCCUGACCCCGUAGACGGAGGCUGCAAGCCGUGAGUCACGUCCAGCACCAGGAGCUCCCUGGCACGGGUGGUGUCUGAACCCCGGUGAAGGGAAGCUGGGAUCCAGGAAGGCUUGUGGGCCCUCAUACCCCUCCCGGCAGUGACUGGACACUCUGCUCUUCAGAAGCUGUCCCCCUAUGUCUUGAAGGUUCACCCUGGCCUGACACCACCAGGUAGCCGGCCUUCCUGUCCUGUCAGCUCCCCUUUUGAACUCUAGAGGGGCCCUGAAGCCAAAUGAGAAUUUUCUCCAUCCUGAGUACUUAAGCUCCUCCCCUUCCCUGGGCCCUCUAGUGCUCUGUUUUUGGGUCCCUGUUGACCAAUCAGAAGUCUAGGGGGCUUCAGCCAUUCCUGGCCUUAACAGGCCUAUGCAAGGCAAACUGACCGUAGUGACUGGUAUGAUAGAGUCUUACAGGGGGCCCUUAGUGGACCAAGGAGGAGCUUAAAGAACACCUUGCAUAUCCUGGAGCCCCAGAGCGCCAGUCUAAGGCUAGGUGACCUUGACCUCUGGGUGUCCAUGAGGACAGUAACGAUCCACUGGCCUCUUACUUCCCAAAUUGAACAAGCUACAAGUCCAAGGCACAGUGGCUUUUUGACAAUCCCAGCCUGACUGGGUUAGCCAAGGGUCCAGGUUUUAGCAGGGCAGGGUACAUAGGACAUUUGCCUGUACUUACAGCACUUGGGAGGCCGAGGCAGGAGGAUUACUCUGAGUUUGGCGACCUGCGUUGCAGAGUGAGACCUCAUCUCAAAAGCACCAAGUUCAACGUCAGCCGCCUCCAGGGACUGACCAGUGGGCCCCCCUGGCCCUGGGUAGAAUGGAGAGGCCCCCACCGUAGUACCGUCCAGUAUUGAUGGUUGCCACCCUUGAAGUCAGUGUUGGCUGUACCCUCUCCAGCUGCCCGUCCCCAGCUAUUUAUUUGUUUGUUUAUUUAUUUAUUUAUCUGUCGUGUGCCAGUGAGGGUGGGGGCAGGGCGGGACCUCCCCGCCACCUCCACCCCUGUUGUAACCAGUCCUUGAACUUAAUAAAAUGUGAGUGGGAUUGUCCGCGCCCCAGUCUGCAGUGGGGAGUCCUGCCUGA